CUGUGUGCUGGUGGCAAAAAUGAGCACCCCACCAGAUGGGGAGGUUAGGAGGACCUCCAAGGAAGUGCAGAAUGCUGCAUUGGAAAGAGAUCCAGACCAGGACAGUCUUGACAGUGACAGUCUAGGGGAGAGAGAGGAUGUCAUCUGCUCAAUCCAAGCACAACCUGGUCACACAAACUCAAGUCCACGUGCUAAAUGCUUCAUCAACGCCGCAGAGCUGAUGGGCGACGGGGACUGUGAGCCGGUGGGGGCUGACCUGGACCGUGGGCCGACCCGGGCGCGGCCUGACGUGCUGCCGCCGGCCACCUCACCGCCGCCGGUGGCCGGACCGCCGCCCCCGCCCGCCGAGGUGGCCCGGAUGCAGAUCGAGGAGAAGCGCAAAGGCAGCCUGCUGUUCAACGGCUCUGGCUGCAGCAGUCCGGAGCGCACCGCCGACCACGACCUGGGCGAGGUGCCGGCCGGCCGGCUGUGGGCCGACUCGGCGCGGCCCGACCUGGUGGCCGGGGAGGAUUGCACCGACAGUGUGACCGGCUCGCCGGGCCGCCGGCCGCCCGUCCCGCUGGACGAGGUGCCGAUCGUAGCCGGCCACCACGAGCCGGUGACGCCGACACCGCUGCCGCCGCGCCGGCCGCCCGACUCGCAGCACGUCUUCUUCGUGGACUUGAACGAGCUGCCGACGGCCGCCGAGCCGCCAGUGCCGCGCCGACCCCGCCACGGAUCCGACUCUGUCUACCUCUACAUCGACAUGAACGAGACCGGCGCGGCGGCGGCGCCGCAGCCCCCACGCCCCCCGGCCGGCGACUCCAUGAGCCUCUCAUUCCACGGCGCCACGGCGGCGGAGCGGCGCCUGGCCGCCGAAGCGGACGGCGAUGAGGACUCUGAGCAGACGGAGGCCUCGGGCCGCAGUCUGUUUUACACGGUGGGCGAGACGGAGCGGCCGCGCCGGCCGCCGCCCGAGCUUACCACCCGCGUGGUGCGCCAGGAGAAGCGGCGCCGCAACCUCAGCCUUGACUGCCAGGCGCGGACGGAGCAGGAGCGCGGCCGGCCGGCGGCUCCCAGUCCGCUGGUGGGCGCCGACCGGCCGGCCCGGCCCGACGGCCACGCCAGUCUGGGCGCCACGCCGGAGGCGGCCCGCGGGCGGCGGCCGGCCACAGGGGCUCCCGAGCCGGCGGUGCCCGUACAGCGCUCGUUCCUGCGCUCACACUCGGGGAGGAACGCGGUGUCGCGGCCUCCGCCGCCGCGACCGGCCGCCUCCAGUUCGGCGGAGAGCGGCGGCACGCUGACCCGUCGGAAGGGGACCACUCGACCGGCGCCGGCGCACCAGCGGCCUCCGCCCGGCCCGCGGGAGCCUCCGUCCAACCCACCCGAGUCGCCGCCCGUCUCAGACGACGCGUCAGACGUGUCCUCCGGCAAAUCCUUCAGGCGCCAGUCCCCUGAGACGCGCAACAAGCAGGGCAUCGACCAGCUGACAGCCGACCUGCUGCAGAUGCUCUCUGAUGGGCUGCACGCCGACGUUACCAUACAGGUGGACAAUCAGGAGGUGUCGGCGCACCGCUGUGUGCUGGCCGCCCGCUCCCAGUACUUCCGAGACCUGCUCGACAAGCCGCACCACAACGUCAUCCAUAUCGACGGCCACAAGCUGGAGACGGUGGAGUUCGUGCUGUUCCACCUGUACUCGGGCGCCAUGUACGUGCCGGAGGACGUCGACCUCAGCGACCUCAUCACGCUGGCCGUCAUGCUGAACCACAAGGCGCUCAUCCGGAUGGCUGAGUUCGCCAUGCGCGUCCGGCUUUGUCACAUGUUCCACAAGCCGUGCAGCGAGUGCAUCCCGGGCGUGCUGGAGACGCUCUGUACGGCCGCCGACUGCGACCUGGACGACCUGGCGGCGCGCUGCCUGGCCUGGGUCACCCAGAACCGGGUGGCCGUCUGGGCCGACCCGAGCUUCAGCGAGAUCACCGACGAGUACCGCGCCUGGUGCUUCCAGGAGGCGGCCACACUGAGCCAGGAGACGGUGCUGGACGUGCUGCUCGACUGCCGCCGGCUCUCGGCCCAGCUGCCCGCCGAGCGCUGGUCACAACAGGUCCGGCAGAUGGUCGAGACGCUGCUCAGCAACUCGGUCGUCUUCCUCAGCAGGAACCUGGGCGCCAUCCUCGUCUCCGACAAGUUCAUGUCGCUGGCCGAGACCACCUGCUGCAGGGAGCUGGAGCAGUACCUGCUGGCGGCGGCCGACGUGCAGAACAGCGCUGACGCCCACACCAGCCUCGAGAUGAUAUCGCAGCUGCAGAGCAUCCCCAACCACGGCUGGGAUAAGGCGUUCCUGUCUGUUCUGCAGCGCAUCAAACAGGUGUGCUGCCGCCGCGCGUCCGGCGGACAAAACUACGCCAGCCUGCACAUGCAGCGGCGCACCGUCCGCUCCCACCAGGCUGCCGGCGCCGACCACUCCGCCGCGGGCCGCGGCCGGUCGGGGCGCCUCUCCAGUGACUCGGAGGAGCCGGCGGCGCCGCGCGCGCGCGCCACCUCGCGGCCCGGCUCUGGCAGCUCGGCCGAGUCGCGCUCGCCGUACCUGCGCCGCAAACACCUGCUGGGUCUGGACGGCGCCGCGGAGCCGUCGGCCGCUGGCGGGAACGGCGCGCGGCGCCAGAACGUGCGCGGCGCCGCCGGCGAGGCCAUGACGCAGAGCGUGGUGGCCGAGCCGGUGAGCGCGUCUGCAGAAACAACGGGCAUGAACCGGUCCGAGAGCUUCACCAUCUACAAACACGAGUGAUCUGACCCGAGAGUCUCAACAGCUACAAACAUCAGUGAACCGGCCGAGAGUCUCACCAUCUACAAACACGAGUGAACGGGCCGCGCCAUCUACAAACACCAGUGAACUGACCGACGAUACACCGGGUAUGGACCGCUCCGGGAGACUGCGCUAUCGAAGUAGAAACCGGCCGGUCCGAGGGUGCCACGGCCGUGACUGCUCUCGACCGGCGUGUGACUGGACCGUGGACACUAUACACAGUGCCGGUGUGGUACACUGGACAGUCUGCACAGCCUGCAGUACCGGUGUGGCACACUGAACAGUGGACAGCCGCUGCACCGAUGUGGUACACUGGACAGUGGGUAGGGUUCUACAGUACCAGCGCCUGACUGGACAGGCGCGCAACUGCCAGCACCCAGCAGCUUACGGUCGCCGAGCACGCCACGGGCAUAUUCUGUUCGAUCAGCCAUCGCCGAGUAGACGUGUGGUCAGUACGGGCCGUACGCAGGUGGUUGCGGAGCUCGUGCUCAGUCGGGGGGCGCAGCUUUGGGCCGCCGGGGCAUGUAUCUGGAGCUAUGUGGGAAAGGUGCUGGCGGAGCAUAUUUACAUCGAGUCAUCGAGGCUUUGGCGGCUGGUCUGUGCUUUACAGUGUGGAUAUGUAUUUCCUAGUCGAACGACAUGUGAUAAUUUACAUUUGCCAUCAGUUUGUUUAUCUUGUGUGCUGGCGUUUUGUAAAUGCGCCGAUGUGUUCUGUGAUUUCCAUUGGUCACAUUCGUAUCAGAAUCGUGGGUGAAAUGGCAAUGUUGAGCACUGCCGCGUUCAGUUUUACCCGGUACGAUUCCUUUCGCCUGGAACCCGCGCCCACCGCGUCAUAUCUUUAAUGGUGGCGCACUCGCAAGCUUUUCAUGUGCCUUGUUUUCCCAGUGUGCGUAAAACUAUUUAACGACGCGUUUAUUACACCGUACUGUUACAAUUUGAAUCAGUUCAAAGACGGACCAAAAUGUUUCCAGGAGCGAAGGCCAAGUCUUAUUCAACUCGCUCUUCAGCAAAUGCAUGUGAAUAGGUAUUAAUUAUCAUAUUAGUUAUCUAUCUUUUAAUUAUCAUUUCGUAUAACAAAACCAUGUUUAGAAUGAUUCUGGUACUGAGUGCUGAGUCAAUUGGCCGUGUGUACACUGUGCAAGUCGAUGUAUGCUUCAGUGUUCCAUAAGUAUUGUGGUCGCGCUAGUGCUAGGCGGUCUCGAGCCGCUCCGUGUGUGCGAGUGCGAGGACGUGCCUCCGUGGGGCGCGCUGAUUGGCGGGGUGGGGAGGGACGGAGCGGGCAGAUAGUGCGCCGGCAGUGCUACUCACGGGAUACUACGUUCGGACAUCAGUCAUUCAGGAACCCAUGUUACGACACGGUUAAAAGGAGGCCGCGUCUCCGUACGCAUUGCUUGAACGAUUGCAUGCAUACAGAGCUACCUAGUCAGUUGAGAGCAAAUAUAUGUUCAGUCUGAAAA